AUGCCUCGAUUACAUAAACCCGAGAUCUGGUUCAGUGUGUCGCUGGCAGGGCGACUGAGGAAAGAGGAAGUGUGUGAAAAGAUGAAAGAUGAGUCUCACAGCGCCUCCUUCAGUUCCCAGAAUGAGGCACAGGGAGGCGACCUCAGGGAAUGGCAGUGCAUCCCUCCACCUUCUACCUCACCUGCAGGGGGGACGCCGGCCAAGCCUCCCCCCUCACAGCCUACUUCGAGACCCCACUCUGGGGUCGCCAGCCAAAGACCCACCCCUUCCUCCACGCUGACAGAAAAUAGAAAGAGAAGCUCAAAAGCGUCGCAUAUGAGACGUAAUAUUAGGAAGCUACUGCGAGAGCAUCAGCUGGAAGCCGUCACCCAAAGCGCUCAGCAGGAAGAGCUACAAAGGAGGCGACGUCUGAAUGACCAGCGAAAGCAAGAUUUCCCCAUACCGCCGCUGCCUGAAUGUGGAACCGGUGAUGUAACAAAGCAUGUGUCAUCAACAUCAUCAUCCCCGCAGCAGGAGGGAGGCAUCACCCAGGACUCCAGUAGCACUUUCCGAGACGUCAAGACCGACAUUUGUGCCUCGAACAAAGCAGGUACGAUAAAUCUGAGCCGAUGCGACGACAACGCCGUCAGCCGAGACCAUGAUAUAGAGCGCGAGCCGAGUGGCAUGCACGUCAACGACGACUUCAAUCGUCCGGACGACCAAGCGCGGGUGCUGGUCAACGUGAACCACCCGGCGACAGAAGAAGACAUUUUCCUCUCACCUCAACUGGCGCGGGCAGUAAAACCUCACCAGAUCGGGGGAAUUCGUUUCCUGUAUGACAAUCUGGUGGAGUCGUUGGAGCGUUUUGGAAGCAGCAGUGGAUUUGGCUGCGUCCUGGCCCACAGCAUGGGCCUGGGCAAAACACUGCAGGUCAUCUCCUUCAUUGACGUUCUCUUCAGAUACACCAAGGCACACACCGUGCUCGCCAUCGUACCUGUGAAUACGUUACAAAACUGGUUGGCAGAGUUUAACAUGUGGGUCCCAGAUGCUGAGGCCUUGACCCCAAAUAGCAACAAUGGCCCGGUGAGGCCGCGCACCUUCAAGGUUCACAUCCUCAACGAUGAACACAAAAACACAGCAUCCAGGGCCAAGGUGGUGGAGAGCUGGGCCCAGGAUGGGGGUGUUCUUCUGAUGGGCUACGAGAUGUACCGUCUGUUGUCACUCAAGAAGAACUUAUUUUCUGGGAGGAAGAAGAAGAGUAAGAAAACUGCAGGACCCGCCGUCAUCAACCUUGAUGAGGAGGACAGACAGCAGAAACUGCUCAAAGCUGUUGAGAGAGCUUUGGCCAGACCCGGACCUGAUGUGGUGAUUUGCGAUGAAGGCCAUCGCAUUAAGAACUGCCACGCCAGCACCUCACAGGCCCUGAAGAACAUCCGAACCAAGCGGCGCGUGGUCCUGACGGGAUACCCGCUCCAGAACAACCUGAUCGAAUACUGGUGCAUGGUGGACUUUGUUCGGCCCGACUUCCUCGGCACACGGCAAGAAUUCAGUAACAUGUUCGAGCGUCCGAUUUUGAACGGGCAGUGUGUGGACAGCACACCCCAAGACAUCCAGUUGAUGAGGUAUCGGAGCCACGUGCUGCACAGUCUGCUCGAAGGAUUCGUACAGAGACGAGGCCACGAUGUGCUGAAGGACCAUCUGCCAUCAAAGGAGGAGCAUGUGAUCCUGGUGCGUCUGUCGCCACUCCAGAGGGCUCUCUACACCGAGUUCAUGACCCGCUUCAGAGAGGCGGGAAACACUGGCUGGCUGAGCCUCAACCCACUCAAAGCUUUCUGCGUUUGCUGCAAGAUAUGGAAUCAUCCAGAUGUGCUCUAUGAAGCCUUACAGAAGGAAAACCUAGCCAGUGACCAGGAUUUGGACCUUGACGACAUUACCUCCGCGACACCAACCCGAUGUCCCUCAGCAGUAAAUCAGAAGGCAAAGGUCCUGGAAAACCCGACUCCUAUUGGAGGUCUGAGUCUGAACCAGUUGCAGGAUAAGGCCAAUCAAGUCAUCACUUAUGAAUGGGCAAAGGACAUCAUGUGCGAUUACAAGCCCGGCAUCCUUGAGAACUCUCCGAAAAUGGUACUGCUGUUCCACCUGAUUGAAGAGAGUGUCAGAAAGGGGGAUAAAAUCCUUGUUUUCAGUCAGAGUUUGUCCACGCUGACUGUGAUUGAAGAUUUCCUGGCUAAGAGACCAGUACCUUGUCCUGGCAAGACCUCCAGCCAAGAGCCACUUGGCCAGAACUGGGUCCGAAAUCUCAACUACUACAGACUAGAUGGAAGUACAACCACCUCUGAACGAGAAAGAUUAAUUAACCAGUUCAACGAUCCCAACAACACCUCAGCAUUUCUCUUCCUGCUGUCAACAAGGGCCGGUUGUCUGGGUGUAAACCUGGUCGGAGCCAACCGCGUGGUGGUUUUUGACGCGUCCUGGAACCCAUGUCAUGACGCCCAGGCCGUGUGCCGCGUCUACCGCUACGGUCAGAGGAAGCCGUGUCACGUCUAUAGGCUGGUGUGCGACUUCACGCUCGAGAAGAAGAUCUAUGACCGCCAGAUUUCGAAACAAGGCAUGUCCGACCGGGUGGUGGAUGAUCUGAAUCCUGUGCUGAACUUCACCAGGAGGGAGGUGGAAUCUCUUCUCCACUUUGCCGAAGAAGAGCCAGAGCUCCGCCAAGUGAAGUUGCAGCCUCAGGAAAGCAUCGACUCUGUCCUUGGAAAAGCACUGCAUCUAUUUUCGCACUUAAUCACCAAGCAACCAUUCCCCCACGAGUCUCUGCUCAUGGACCGCCGAGAGCUGAAGUUGAGCACUGCUGAGAAAAAGGAAGCAAAGAAAGGUUACGAGGAAGAGAAAAGGGCAUCCGUGCCAUACACACGCCCUUCCUACGCUCACUACUACCCAGCGAGUGACCAGAGCCUCACUAAUAUACCCGCCUUCAGCCAGAGAAACUGGCGACCGCCUCACACUAAAGAGAAGCCAGUGGUCAGUAGCGGACCUGACCAGUCGGCUCCGGUUCCCUCCGUGCCUCGCCAGGGCUCCGCUGGCUCGACUCCCACUUCCAAAGACUCAUCAGCGUCCGCUCUCGGAGGUUUUCCUGUCAAUUGCUUGCAAAAAGCUGGCGUGUUCGUGCAAAAGAUUGUCACUACUACAGAUAUGGUGAUUCCAGGCACAAACAGCUCAACUGAUGUCAAAGCCCGAAUCACUGCCGGAGAGAGCAUCCAUGUCAUUAGGGGUUCUAAAGGGACCUACAUCAGGACAUCUGAUGGCAGAAUCUUUGCUAUCAGAGCAGCUAACAAGGCUAAAAUUUCAGAUGAGACGACUGCAUCGCAACACAAAGAUCCCCAAGGCUCUACAGACGAACAGCAAACCCCUGGUACUAACGGCUGCCCGUCACCGAAGCGACAGCAGGCGGUAACUCCCGACGCUUUGCUUCGCUCCCUUUCCCCGGACGGCCCGGAGAUAAUCGGCGAGUUGCAGCGCUACGCGGCAAGUAAGGGAAGGCAGCCAGCGAGGGAUGAAUCGUGUGAAGAAAACGAAAGCUACCGUGGCGCCAAGAGGUCUCGUGUCAUCCCGCCGAACACGGAUGCGCAAGAUUUGAGGAUAAGCUCCAAGCGCAAAGCUUCUUCUCCCUCACCGGAUGAGUGGUCGAGCAAACGAUCGCAGGGUUUCCCUUACUACGGGCUCCCUCUGGGUUUUCACCCCGGCUUGCUCGCCGGCUCUCUGGGUCAACAGUCGCUCUACAUGGGGGCAGGCUCGCCUUUGUUCCACCCUUCUCAUCCGAUAUUAGGCGACUCCAAUUUUACGCCAGAGAUGUUCGCCUCGUCGUCGUCUUCUACCUUCGCCGAUGUCUCAUCUUCUUCAUCGCAGCCCUCCUCCGUCUCCAAAGCUUUGGCUCCGGGCCCCUUGCCGCCGUUCAUGCUGAGCCCCAGCCUGGCGGGCAUGGCGGGAAUGCUGCCGCCGAGCCUCGCCCUCUCAUACAGUCAAUCCAUGGCUAGCUUGUACCGAAGAUCGACGCUUCCCGAUCCGGCGGCAACUCCCGGUUCGGCGGGAGCGAGCUUUCUCUCACAGUACGCUCCGACUACCGGUUCCGGCGCAUCGUCCUCCUCCUCGUCCCCGUCGUCCUUUUCCCACUCUGAGGACAGAGCAAUUGCCAACGGCAGGAGUGUCAGCAGCCCCAGCAGCUCAGGUGACAGUGAAGAAGUCGUUGAAGCCAACGGCCUAUGA